AUGAUCACGUUAACGGACUUCUACCACGUGAUGACAGCAAUGGUGCCACUCUACGUGGCCAUGAUACUCGCUUACGGUUCGGUCAAAUGGUGGAAAAUCUUCUCCCCGGACCAAUGCUCCGGCAUAAACCGGUUCGUGGCUCUGUUCGCAGUCCCUCUACUCUCCUUCCACUUCAUCGCGUCCAACAACCCCUACGAGAUGAACUUCCGGUUCAUCGCGGCCGACUCGCUGCAGAAGAUCAUCGUGCUGGUGGUGCUCACCAUCUGGAGCAACGUGAGCAAGAGGGGGUGUUUGGAGUGGACGAUAACGCUGUUCUCCAUCUCAACCCUCCCCAACACGCUGGUGAUGGGCAUUCCGUUACUGAAGGGGAUGUACGGGGAGUUCUCGGGGAGUUUGAUGGUUCAGAUUGUGGUCCUCCAGUGCAUCAUCUGGUACACGCUGAUGCUGUUCAUGUUCGAGUACAGAGGCGCCAGAAUGUUGAUCUCUGAGCAGUUCCCAGACACUGGCGCCACCAUUGUCUCCAUCCACGUGGACUCCGAUGUGAUGUCGCUUGAUGGACGACAGCCCUUGGAAACCCAAGCCGAAAUCAAAGAGGACGGCAAGCUCCACGUCACCGUCAGAAAAUCCAACGCUUCCAGAUCCGACAUCUUUUCUAGAAGGUCCCAGGGCUUCUCUUCCACCACCCCUCGCCCUUCCAACCUCACCAAUGCAGAGAUUUACUCUCUCCAGUCCUCCACAAACCCCACUCCUAGAGCCUCCAGCUUCAACCACUCCGACUUCUACUCCAUGAUGGCCCCUCCUCGUAACUCUAACUUCGCUUCCAACGACGUUUAUGGCUUCUCUGCCUCCAGAGGACCAACUCCCAGACCAUCCAAUUACGACGACGAUGCUUCCAAACCCAGGCAUCAUUACCCUGCACCUAACCCUGGCAUGUUCUCCCCCAACGCACAUAAAAAUGGUCCCAAGAAGCCCAAUGGGCAGCCCCAGCCCAAGCCUGAUGAUCCAAACAAGGACCUUCAUAUGUUCGUUUGGAGUUCAAGUGCUUCCCCGGUUUCGGAUGUGUUUGCUGGACAUGAAUACGAUCAUAAAGAAGUGAAGCUAGCUGUGUCGCCCAGAAAAGUGGAGGGUAACAGGGACGGUCAAGAGGAGUACCUAGAGAAGGAUGAUUUUAGUUUUGGAAAAAGAGAGAUUGCGAAUGAGCACGAAGGUGAGAAAGUUGGGAAUGGAAAUCCAAAAACUAUGCCUCCUACAAGUGUGAUGACAAGGCUUAUUUUGAUCAUGGUGUGGAGGAAACUGAUCAGAAAUCCCAACACCUACUCCAGCCUAAUCGGUCUAGCUUGGUCACUUAUUUCAUUCAGGUGGAACGUUGAAAUGCCUGCCAUAAUUGCCAAGUCUAUUUCCAUAUUGUCAGAUGCAGGGCUUGGGAUGGCCAUGUUUAGUCUUGGUCUGUUCAUGGCUUUGCAACCGAGGAUCAUAGCAUGUGGAAAUUCCACAGCAGCUUUUUCCAUGGCCGUGAGAUUCCUUACAGGUCCAGCUGUCAUGGCAGCUGCUUCCAUUGCUGUUGGACUCAAAGGCGUUCUCUUACACGUUGCUAUUGUUCAGUCAGCUCUUCCCCAGGGAAUUGUCCCAUUUGUCUUCGCAAAGGAAUACAAUGUGCAUCCUGAUAUUCUCAGUACUGGGUAA